AUGCGAGCGACCAGGCGAACGGCCAGGCGAGCGGCCAAGCGAGAGGCCAGACGAGUGCCCAGGCGAGCGGCCAGAUUAGCGGCCAGGCGAGACACCAGGCUAGCGGCCACGCGAGCGGCCAGGCGUGCGUCCAGGGGAGCGGCAAGGCGAGCGGCCAUGCGAGCGGCCAGGCGAGCCGGCGCUCAGAGCCGGUGCUCAGAGCCUGCGCUCAAAUCCUGUGGUCGAAGCUGGCGCUCAAAGCCUAACGGCCAGCUGAGCGGCAUUGCGAGCGGCCAGGCAGGCCGGCGCUCAGAGCCAGCGCACAAGUCCGGCGCUCAGAGCCGGCGCUCAGAGCCGGCGCUCAAAGACAAGCGGCCAGGCGAACGACCAGGUGAGCGACCAGGCAAGCAGCCAGUCGAGCGGCCAGGCGAGCGGCCAGGCGAGCAACCAGGCGAACGGCCAGGCGAGCGGCCAGGCGAGCGGCCAGGCUCACGGCCCGGCGAGCGGCCAGGCGAGCGGCCAGGCGAGCGGCCAGGCGAGCGGCAAGGCGAGCGGCCAGGCGAGCUGGCGCUCAAAGCCGGCGCUCAGAGCCGGCGCUCAGGGCCGGUGCUCAGAGCCGGCACUCAGAGCCUGCGCUUAAGUACAGUCCUCAAAGCCGGCGCUCAAAGCCUAACGGCCCGCUGA